AUGAGUGAUGAUGAUGAUGACUAUAUUGACAACGAGUAUGAACUUCAAUAUAGUGAUAGUGAUAAUGUAUCCGAACCUGAUGUAAAUCUUGAAAAUCAGUAUUAUUCUGCAAAAGCACACAAAAGUGAAGGAAAUGUAAUGGAAGCAUUAACAGGAAUGCAAAAAGUUCUUGAAUUGGAAGAAAGCAAAGGUGAAUGGGGAUUUAAAGCAUUAAAACAAAUGAUAAAAAUGACGUUUAGGAUGGAAGAGUAUAAUAUGAUGUUGGAUUAUUAUAAAUCUAUGCUUGCAUAUACUAAAAAUUCUGUAACAAAAAAUUACUCAGAAAAAAGUAUAAGUAAUAUUCUUGAACUUAUUUCUACAGCUAAACAAAAAGAUAUGUUAAAAAAAUUUUAUCAAGUUACAUUAUCUGCAUUAGAAAGUAGUAAAAAUGAAAGAUGCUGGUUCAAAACUAAACUAAAACUUGGAAGAUUAUAUCUUGAAGCAAAGGAUUAUAGUGAAUUAGAAAAAAUUUUAACAGAGUUAAGGACAUAUUGUAAUAACGAUACAAGUGAUAAUGAUCAGAAAAAAGCAACUCAAUUACUUGAAGUUUAUGCAUUGGAAAUUGAGCUACAUACUGCAUUAAAGAAUACACGUGCACUUCAAACAAUUUAUAAUGAGGCUACUAGAGUUGAAGGAGCAAUUUCACAUCCCUUGAUUAUGGGUGUUAUAUAUGAAUGUGGAGGUAAAAUGCACUUGUUUAAUAAAGACUAUGAUGCAGCUCAUUCCGAUUUUUUUGCUGCUUUUAAGUGCUUUGAUGAAACAGGAAGUCAUCGAAGGUUGUCUUGUUUAAAGUACUAUGUUCUUGCUUCAAUGUUAAUUAGAUCUAAAAUUAAUCCAUUUGAAUCACAGGAAACGAAAGCUUUUAAAAAUGAAACUGAAGUUGUAGCUAUGACUAAUUUAGUUACCGCAUAUCAGAAUUAUGACUUAGAAAAAUUUCAAGAAACAUUAAUUAUUUAUAAAAAUUCAUUUGACAAAGAUGAUUUCAUUAAGGAGUACGUUGAAGAAUUGGAAAGAAAUAUACGUUGUUAUGAAAUAAAAAAAUUAGUCAGACAUGAAACAAAUGUUAAAUUAUAUACGUUAGCAGAAAAAUUAAAAACAACUGUUGAAGAAGUUGAGUGUAUUUUGAAAACAUUAAUUGUAUAUGGUGAAUUAAAAAAUUAUCGAAUAUCUGAAUUAUCUGAGUCUCUUAUAAAAUUACCAGAAAUAAAGAAACAUUCAUUUCAAAGAAUAUACAAUACUUUUAGUGGAAAUCCAAAUGAAUCUAUGUUUAAUAUCUGUGCAUUAAUUUUUUCUUAA